UUGAUAUAUGCUGUGUGGUAAAAAGGGUAUCAUAUUCUUUUGAGAAGCCUAACACAUGUUGGAUGACCUUCAUCUCAUCCUAUUUCCACAGCCUUCUCUCUUUUGUAUUUAUGUCAGCACGAUUCUGGAUUUCAUUUGCACUGAUUCCCGGCUUGGAUUCCUCUCGAAUUAGAUUCUUAUUCCUCCUCCGCUUCUCCUUAUUUAUUCCUAACUAGAUUCCCUCUUAUAUUAACUUGUAUCUAGCCCUCCUUUCUUUCAACCCCAGAAUCAAAUUCAUUUGCUGCUGAAUUUCAAGACUGUUUUCAGACAGACAACCAUGAAUGCAUUAGUGGCAACCAACAGAAACUUUAAGCUAGCAGCUCGGCUUUUGGGUUUGGACUCUAAGCUGGAAAAAAGUUUACUAAUUCCUUUUAGGGAAAUCAAGGUUGAGUGUACCAUUCCCAAAGAUGAUGGCUCUUUGGCAUCUUUUGUUGGGUUCAGGGUUCAGCAUGACAAUGCUAGAGGCCCAAUGAAGGGAGGAAUCAGAUACCAUCCAGAGGUUGACCCGGAUGAAGUGAAUGCUUUAGCACAACUGAUGACUUGGAAGACAGCAGUAGCAAAUAUCCCAUAUGGUGGGGCGAAAGGGGGGAUAGGAUGUGAUCCCGGGGAAUUAAGCAUCUCUGAGCUAGAAAGACUUACAAGAGUUUUCACCCAAAAGAUACACGAUCUUAUUGGAAUUCACACAGAUGUUCCAGCACCUGACAUGGGAACAGGUCCACAGACCAUGGCCUGGAUACUAGAUGAGUACUCGAAAUUUCAUGGAUACUCACCUGCAGUGGUGACUGGAAAACCUACCGACCUUGGUGGAUCUCUAGGCAGAGAUGCGGCCACCGGACGAGGGGUUCUCUUUGCAACUGAGGCUCUUCUCAAUGAGCAUGGGAAGAGCAUCUCUGGACAGCGGUUUGUCAUACAGGGUUUUGGAAAUGUGGGCUCCUGGGCUGCUCAAUUGAUCAGUGAGAAUAGUGGGAAGAUUGUUGCUGUAAGUGACAUCACUGGAGCCAUUAAAAACAGAAAAGGAAUUGACAUCCCAAGGCUACUGAAGCAUGCAAAAGAACAUCGAGGAGUAAGAGAUUUCGAUGGUGGUGAUCCCAUUGAUCCCAAGUCAAUAUUGGUUGAAGACUGUGACAUUCUCAUCCCUGCUGCUCUGGGAGGUGUCAUCAACAGGGAAAAUGCAAAUGAAAUUAAAGCCAAAUUCAUUAUUGAAGCAGCUAACCAUCCAACUGACCCGGAGGCUGAUGAGAUAUUAUCGAAGAAAGGUGCAGUUAUCCUUCCGGACAUAUAUGCAAACUCAGGAGGCGUUACUGUUAGCUACUUCGAGUGGGUUCAGAACAUCCAAGGGUUCAUGUGGGAUGAAGAGAAAGUGAACAAUGAACUGAAGAAUUACAUGACAAAGGGUUUCAAAGAUGUGAAGGAGAUGUGCAAGACCCACAAUUGUGACCUUCGCAUGGGAGCCUUCACCCUUGGAGUUAAUCGUGUUGCACGGGCUACUGUUCUCAGGGGUUGGGAAGCCUGAUCAGACUCCCCAGAUUAUUAUUUGAGCAGAGGAGAGGCUCCCCUUAUGUUGUCGUGUCGAGGCUUUUUGGUUGUGAACUCUUCGGAGGGCUUUGGCUUUGGCUUUGUCCUUGGCAUCCUCCCAAUAACCCUAUUGAGAGUUCUUUUUUUAAUCUUUGUGCUUUUUCUAUUUCCUUAUAAAUUUCAAAGUAGCUCUGUUGCACA